GAUGUACUUUCUGAUCUCCACUUGAUAAAGCCUAAGGGCUAAACGCGUUGUGGUUUUUUAACCCCUUAAGGACACAUGACAUGUGUGACAUGUCAUGAUUCCCUUUUAUUCCAGAAGUUUGGUCCUUAAGGGGUUAAACUAUGUUGUUUUAAAUAAAGGUAUUUUGGCCACUUUCUUACUGUGAGUUAGCCAUCUUACUUUUUAUUACUAUUAUCAUUUUACUUUUUUACUACUACCAUCCUUUUAUCCGGCACCAGAAGUGUUUUUACUUUCUAGUGAGGAUAUUACUCCCAAGAAUCCUAGGUGGGGAUUAUAUCACUCAAGCUGUACUCAUUGAACAGUUAGUCUGUUCAACUAAAUGUAAGUAACCACUUGUUUUUUUUUAAUUUAUGUGGUUUGUAGUGGCGCAGCCUUCCUUUAUUUUUUCUGUACCAGUUCUGUUUAGUUAUACUUUUCCUUUUUCCUUACUUAACAAAUAACCAAGUAGGGGCUGUAACGGAGCUCCCUGUACCCCGGCUGGUUACCUCCGUCAGAGGAUUUGCUUCCUAGCUGGGACCAGGGGAAACGGGUAGGGGAACUAGCUCUCUUAGUCCUUACAAGGACUUUCCCCGUUGCAUCUCCCUGCAAGCUGGAAUAGCAGACAUAGGGGUUAAAUCUUCCUUACCUCCAGUAACCGGAUGACAUACAGUUCUGGAGGUUAAAACACUGACUGGCAAUCUUUAUUUGGAACACACAGCCUUUAUGCACAGACCCCCACAGGGGGUCUCCACUCAGUACAACACAAUCCCGGGCAGGAGGGGGCUGGGUUACAGAUAGCCAUCUCCUGCUCUGGGAGAUACCAACAGUACAUACAGAUACACACAUUAAAACACAUAAACUCCUCAAAAGUACAUUUCCAAUUUCACAAGGGGUUAAUUGGAUUGCAUGGAAUGUCCAAGCUUCCAACCCCAUAAGCUUGGUCUCCAGCAGAGCUAUUCUGUAACGCAGUGGCGGAUCCAGAGCCUGAUCUCAGGUGGGGCACUUGUAGAUUAUUGAAAUAAAUAAUCCAGGCACAAUAACCACUACAGCUCAUUGUGUUAGGGUGCCAGUAGUGCAGGUUCCCAUCCCAGAGUAACCAGUCAAACCGUUUAAGAACAGUUUGACAACUUACCUGGGGGUCUAGUAGGAUAUAGGGCAUAGGAGCAGUGGUAUGUGUGAGGGGUGAAGUGUGUGUGAAAGGUGCAGUGUGUGUGAGUGCGUAAGGGCGGCAGUGUAUGUCAGGGUUGCAGUGUGUGUGUUAGGGGGCAGUGUGUGUGCAAGCGGUGCAGUGUAUGUGUGUUUGGGGCAGUGUGUGUAUGGGGGGCACUGUAUAUGUGUGUGGGGCAGUGUGUGUAUGGGGGGCACUGUAUGUGUGUGUGUGGGGCACUGUAUGUAUGUGUGGGGCAGUGUGUAUUGGGGGGGUCAUGUGUAUGGGGGGGCCGUGUGUGUGUGGGACAAUGUGUGUAUGGGUGUGUAGUGUAUGUGUGUGGGGGCAAUGUGUGUAUGGGUGGGCAGUGUUUGUGGGGCAGUGUAUGUAUGGGUGUGCAGUGUGUGUAUGGGUGGCAGUGUUUUGGGGCAGUGUGUGUGUGUGUGUGUGGCAGUGUUUGGGGCAGUGUGGCAGUGUGGGGCAGUGUGUGUAUGGGGGUGUUUGUGGGGCAGUGUGUAUGGGGCAGUGUUUGUGGGGCAGUGUGUGGGCAGUGUUUGUGGGGCAGUGUGUGUAGUGUGUGUAUGGGGGCAGUGUUUGUGGGGCAGUGUGUGUAGUGUGUGUAUGGGGGCAGUGUGUGUAUGGGGGGCAGUGUUUGUGGGGCAGUGUGUGUGUAGUGUGUUAUGGGGCAGUGUGUGUGUGUGUGUGUGGGGUAGUGAUUGUGGGGCAGUGUGUGUGUGUGGCCGUGUUUGUAGGACAGUGUGUGUGGGGCAGUGUUUGUGGGGCAGUGUGUGUGGGGGGCAGUGUGUGGGGCAGUGUGUGUGUGGGGCAGUGUGUGCAUGGGGGGAGGAGGGAAGGGGUGCUUUUUAAGAAUGUUUUUUUUUAAUUUAAUAAAAUAAAUAAAUACAUGUCCCCCCUCACCUUUACUGGGAGAAGUGGGGACAUUUCUGGAUCCCUGGUGGUCCGGUGGGGAUUCCCUGAUGGCACCAGUGGUGAGAGUGAACUGUGGCCCGUAGCUCCAGGGCUAGAGUUCACUCUCGCGAGAUUUGGAGCGUUGCCGUGGUACCAGCUACCAGCAAUGUGCAUGCGGACCGGGAAGGGAGAUCUCUGAUCUCUGAUAUCCCUACCUGAUCCGCAGGCACAUUGCAGGGCUGGCACUUGGACAAUGCCAGCCCUGCAUUAGCCGGCAGGAGAGAGUCUCGGGGGGGGUGGGGCAAUUGCUCCGUUGGCCCCCCUGAAUCCGCCACUGCACUAAUGUGUGCUGGAAGUCUUUUGAUAUGGUAAUGAUCAAGCCUUCUAGAAACAGUAAACCCUGUUACACCAUAUACAAAAGAGACAUUUGCUUAACCCAAUUAUCCCCCCAGGCACUAGAGUUGCAUAAAACAUAAACAAUUAAAUAUACAUUCCAAGCAUAUAGGAACCCUUAAAAUAAACCAGGGAAAUAAACCAGGGAAAUUCAUAACCAAUACAUGGGGAAAACACAUAAUACAAUGGAAAAACACACAAAUAAGCAGUGGGCAUGGUACGUAGUGACGGUGACGUAGUGACAAGGGAACUUACUAUGUUUUUUUUUAGCUAUGUGACCUAGCCUUUAUCCUUGUGUGCUUUUUCAUGUGAAGUCAGCUAACAUGCAUAGCCAUAUCUCUUCCUUUUCUAUCCUGACUCACACUCAUCUCAUUCGCCUUAUAAUAUAAAAUGUGCAGUAUUCUCAACAUUUUAAGUCACAUCCACAUCCCUGUAUUGUCGUACAGACCACCGUAGUAUCAUCUCUAAGGAUCCCCUUACCCGGUGUGAUAUGGCUCCUUCCUGAUGCAGUAUUGAUUAUAGCUGGUAUAGUUUUCCCCCAUACAUUAGUUGAGACUUAAUGUUGGGAGUAGAUCAGGCUUAUUCAGGCAAGACACACAGAAUUUAUACACAUACCCCCAGCAUGGGGUCUCAAUACAAACCAACACAAACUCCUCCCAGGUGUCCCUGUGUCUGGGAGAUAAUUGAGUCAAAGACUGGAAUGGAAUGUAUACACAAAAACCCUAAAAGCACAUUCAAAUUACACAGGAACCCCACAUGUCUUAUAUCCCUGAAUAGCCCAGAUCCGAGUGCCCAAGUUGUCCAAAAAGUACUCAGAUCCUUUCGGUGUAAGGCCAUCCGACUAAGGUACUGACCAGCAGUCCACAAGGUUGUAGCCCAAAACAGUUCCCAGGGAGAAAGAGGCAGCAGCUGGUCAACUUUUGGGAGUUCCUAUGUGAAUACCACCGAAUGUUUCCCCUGGCUCUUAGGAAGUGAAUGCUCCCCUCAAAUAAGUAUUUUCCCCCCAAAACACUUUCCUGACUUGUCUAUGAGAGGAGCAGGUGGCGGUACAAUUUCAUCGGGGUUCUCGAGUUGGAGUAACCAACUAUAAUUAGUUCCAUGUGUUCGACGACCAAGUACCGUUGCCUGAUUCGGCAGACAAAAUGGCCGCUAUUCCCUAAAGCAUGUGCAUUCAGGCAUACGAAUGGCAGCCACCCAGAGAGAGCACUUGCGUUAAUGACUUCUUUUGAAGUUAAUGAGCAAGGGUGUGGUUUGGGUUCAGGAAACGAACAAGGGGGUACGGAAAACCAAACAGAGAAUGGACCAAGUCUGUUGGGCUGGAGGAGAAUAAAACAAGUGUCGGGUGUUCUGACACACUCUGCACACCAAAAUAAAAAUGUCAAACAAAAAAGAAGGGCAUAGAGAAUUGUAACAGAUGCCCUGUUUGUUGCCUGUUUGUUGGAUUUAUAAUUUUGUUGCUGCUCUGAACUACUUGCUACAAUCCUCCCCACCUAAACCAGCAUACGAAUUCAAACGAACAAACUGUACUCAAUUUGUUCGUUUACCGAACAGUUUACCGAACGUUCGACCACCCAAGCCAGUCGUGUGCCGCCAAUUGACUUAUUUGACUCUGUGCCAAACCGCAACCCCAACGUUCUAAGUGGUUCACUGGGUGGCCAUUGAUUCGUAUGCACUAACAUGUGGCGGCGGCCAUCUUGUUUUGUCGAAUGCGUCCAGCAGGAUUUGGUCGUCGAGUGUCUAGAACUAUUUUCAGACACUCGAUCUCCUGAACACCGCUGAGACUUCCAGGACCACUUAGCCUCGUGAUAAUCCAUCCAAAGAAGGCGGCAUUCGGUAGAAAGAACAUACGAAUGAAGCUGCACACGACCAUCUAAUGCACGAACGAGUAUGUGAACUGUUGUUCGACAUUUUAUAACGCACAAAAGAGACCGGCUGCACCAGCUGAAUUCAUGGUACUAUUCUGGGCAGGAGCCUCGUGUGCAGCUGGGCAGAAAUGGGACUUCCACGUAUCUCCUGAACUCCUGAACCGAUUCGUAUGUUUUUUUUAAUAUGUUGUUCCCCUAAUUAUGCCCUAUCAGAAAAUAUAUGUUUUAUAGGGUUUGGAUAUGGUUUUAUGAUAACUCUGAAAAUGUGUAAAAAGUUUCAUUUUUAUGUUUGGAGAUAAUUGAGUUGAUACUGUAAUUAACUCAAUUAUCUCCCAAGCAGAGGGGAGGAAUUUUGUGUAAUGAAUGGGAGUGCUUUAUUAUGUAACUGUAUGUUUAUUGGCAGUUGACUAUAUUUCUCGGUUCCCAAACAAGGUUCAACUGGGUGGCAACCUUGUUGGGAAAGUUGCAUAAAAGGCCAGCCUGGCACAUUAAAGUUUCAGAUCUGCUUAACCCUCAACACGUAGCCUUGUCUCGUGCUUGUAGGGAACCUGCUUCACAACUAAUCACUAACUCUUGUAAAAGCUCUAUUACCCCUUCACUACUGGUUCAGCUGAGAUGACAUCUGGAGAAUACUGCAGCACAGCUUCUCUCAAGGGAAAAGGACGUCCAACGACAUAUACCCCUCUGAUACUCCGGGUGGCCAUUACAAGAAUAAUAUCAGUAAAAUACACACACUGUAAAAAAGUAAACAUAUCAAAUUCUUUAUUUAAUCUGUAAGGAAAUAAGUUUUUGUACCCACCUAAUUUCUUCCCUUACAAUAAAUAAUAAUAUGAUUACCUCCUUGCCAGGAUUUAUUCACUAUUUGUAUACCUAAAUAUCCUCUAGGAUCUUUGUUAUUUUUUUUUAAAUGUGCGGCACCGCUGAUUCUAGCCUUAUAUUAUAUUAUUUACAUGCUCUUUGAUCCUUUUUAUAUAGUGGAUAUACUGUAGACCAUAAAUACAUAUACAAAGGUAAAGGACAUUCUUUAUAAAACACAUAAUGAAAAUAUUUGAUAAAACAAAUUCUUCCUCUUCAUACUUUAUAUUAAAUGUAUUUAUUUAUCCCUUCUAGCAUCUUAUUUUUAAAAAAUUUACAAUGCUGACGCCUCUUGCAUGAAUAAAACCCCUUUUUUUGUUAUUUUGAAAAAAUAUAUAUUUUUUUUAAUUUUUUUUUUAAAAUUAGGACUAAAUUGCAUUUGUCAAAUCUCUGUCUUUCCUUAAUAUGCCCCAAUGUUUAUUUAUUAUUUCAAAUGUGAGGAAGGCCGAACUUGAUGGACGCAAGUCUCUUUUCAGCUAUGUAACUAUGUAACAAUAGAUUUAUCUCUUGAAAGUAUUAUUACAAUUGACUACAAAUGGUGUUUUAUUAUCAUUACUUCUUUUAAUUAGUACUAUACAGCACAUAAUAAUUUGCAUUUUUUUUAUUGUUUAAAACUUAUUACCAAGAUCCAAAAAUGUAUAUUCACUGUGAUAAAAUGGCUCGUUAAAUGGAUUGCCCAAUCAUUUUCAUUUAAUUUAUUUCACAGAGCCUCUCCAAUUAAAAUAUAUCAUCUAUAAAUCUAUGGUAAGUGACCAGUUCACUUCCCACUUUAGGCUGACAUAAAUAUAUACUUAAGCCGCCAGCCUGCCAUAAACACAUUAGCAUAGCUAUAGCCAAACCUUAGGCAAACCUUAGGCAAACCUUUGUAAUUUUUACUAGGCAUGUAAAAUCUACAAAGGCAGAAGGCCUUUCCCACCAGAAUUUGUGACUUGUAUUAUGGCAUUAUAUGUUAUCCCUUGCAGGUUUUGUAUCUCUCCCAUUAAGGAUAACAAACAACAUAUUUUCCCACUAUUAUUAAUCCUAUCCCUAGAACCAUUAGCAGAAAAGGGACUCACCCAGAUAUCUUGAAGUGAUGGUAAGUCACAUAACCGUUGAGUUGUUUCAGAUUUAUCACUGGUCGGACACCUCCACCCUUUUUGGGGACCAAAAAGAGGUUGCUUAUGUAACCCAGGGUAUGGGCGGGAAUCUUGAUGAUGACUUUCUUGCAAAUUAAUUUCUGUAUCUCCUUGAAGACGAGGUCUGCGUCUCGUUGGGAGAAAAACAAUUUCCCUGGGGAAGGGAUAUUGAAUAGGCAGAGAAAUGAAAUGUAUGCAAUAACCUUUCAAAGGUUGAACAACCCAAGCAUCUGAUGUAAUAAGUGACCAUACAUGGGCAAAAUGGGUGAGUCUGUCUCCCACUUCUUUUGCCCAUGUAUGGAAAAUGGUUUUUAUAAGCACUUACCGUAAGGUUGUCAUCCUGAACGAGUACCUUGUGUGCCUUAAGCAACCCAGGGCUGGCCACAUUGUGUUUUUCUUUGCUGCUGAGGGAAAUAAAGAAAGAGUACAACAUAUACAGCAUAAUAUGAGCUGCCGUGUCUUUAAUACAAUUAUAUAGUGAUGUCGGGAACACGAAAUUUUCAGUUCGCGAACGGCGAACGCGAACUUCCGCAAAUGUUCGCGAAUCGGCGAACCGGGCGAACCGCCAUAGACUUCAAUGGGCAGGCGAAUUUUAAAACACACAGGGACUCUUUCUGGCCACAAUAGGGAUGGAAAAGUUGUUUCAAGGGGACUAACACCUGGACUGUGGCAUGCCGGAGGAGGAUCCAUGGCAAAACUCCCAUGGAAAAUUACACAGUUGAUACAGAGUCUGGUUUUAAUCCAUAAAGGGCAGAAAUCACCUAACAUUCCUAAAUCACAAUGAAUAUGGAUUGACACCUGACAUAUGACAUAUUGACACCUUGCAUAUGGAUUGACACCUGUCCUCAGAGCCCCUGAUGCACACGACACAGAGCAGAAUAGGGACUGGUCCCCUACAUAGGGUCACUUGGCAGAUAUGGAUUGACACCUAUCCUAAGGAUCCCUGAUACACACUGACAAAGAGCAAACUAGAGACUGUUCCCCCUACAUAGGGUCACUUGGCAGGUAUGGAUUGACACCUGUCCUCAGAGACCAUGAUACACACUGACACAGAGCAGAAUAGAGACUGUUCCCCCUACAUAGGGUCACUUAGCAGAUAUGGAUUGACACCUGUCCUCAGAGCCCCUGAUACACACUGACACAGAGCAGAAUAGAGACUGUUCCUCCUACAUAGGGUCACUUGGCAGAUAUGGAUUGACACCUGUCCCCAGAGACCAUGAUACACACUGACACAGAGCAGAAUAGAGACUGUUCCCCUACAUAGGGUCACUUGGCAGAUAUGGAUUGACACCUGUCCUCAAAGCCCUUGAUACACACUGAUACAGAGCAGAAUAGAGACUGUUCCCCCUACAUAGGGUCACUUGGCAGAUAUGGAUUGGCACCUGUCCUCAGAGACCAUGAUACACACUGACACAGAGCAGAAUAGAGACUGUUCCCCCUACAUAGGGUCACUUGGCAGAUAUGGAUUGACACUUGUCCUCAGAGACCCUGAUACACACUGACACAGAGCAAAAUAGAGACUGUUCUCCUACAUAGGGUCACUUGGCAGAUAUGGAUUGACACCUGUCCUCAGAGACCAUGAUACACACUGACACAGAGCAGAAUAGAGACUGUUCCCCCUACAUAGGGUCACUUGGCAGAUAUGGAUUGACACCUGUCCUCAGAGACCAUGAUACACGCUGACACAGAGCAGAAUAGGGACUGUUCCCCCUACAUCGGGUCACUUGGCAGAUAUGGAUUGACACUGUCCACAAGGACAAGCUGCAGACUUCCUGGCAGUGCCCAUACAAGGUGGUAGAGCAGGUUUGUGAUACCACCUUUGUGAUCGGUGCGGUCACAGGCACGGGAGGCAAGCGCAUGCUCCAUGUGAACAUGCUCAAGCCAUACCACUAGCGCACGGAAGAUGUAACCGCGAUCUGUGCACCUGCCACUGAAGAUUAUGAUAAUUUGCCACUCCCAGAUCUCCUAGACCUAGAGGGCCAGAGCGGAGACCUGGGAGAAGUACAGUUAGGAGAACGGUUAGACCCCAAGGAGCGAACCCAGGUCCAAAGACUAAUCCAGGACAAGGGGGCCACGUUUUCCAACCUACCUGGGUACAGUCCAUUAACCACUCACAAAGAUGAAACCCUAGACCAGACCGCCCUUCGCCAAACCACCUAUCGCAUACCCGAAGCAGUUAAAGAAAAUAUUCAGAAAGAAAUUGAGGAAAUGAUGCAGUUAGGGGUGAUAGAACACUCUGACAGCCCCUGGGCCUCCCCGGUAGUAAUAGUACCGAAACGGGACGGCACGACCCGUUUCUGUGUAGACUACCGGAGGCUAAACGAUAAAACAACCUCAGACGCCUACCCUAUGCCCCGGAUAGACGAGCUCCUAGAUAAAAUGGCCAGAGGCCAGUACCUCACCACAAUAGAUCUGUGCAAGGGGUACUGGCAAAUUCCAUUAGCCGAGGACGCCAUCCACAAGUCAGCAUUUGUCACCUCGUUUGGCCUGUAUCAGUUUAAGGCCAUGCCAUUCGGGAUGAAGAAUGCCCCGGCUAACUUUCAGAGGAUGGUAGAUCGGCUACUGGAUGGGUUUCAGGAGUAUGGCUGCGCCUACUUGGAUGAUAUAGCCAUUUUUAGCUGCUCCUGGCCCUAACACCUGACCCACAUAGGAGCCGUACUAGACCGAAUUAAGGAGGCCGGACUGACCCUAAAGCCCAGUAAGUGCCAUAUAGGAACGUGUAAAAAGAUAGUAGUAUGGGCCCCAGAGUGUGAACAGGCCUUCCAACAGCUCAAGACGGCGCUCAUUAAAUCAUCUGUAUUUUCUGCUCCUGAUCCAACUAAACGCUUUCUCGUCCAUACAGACGCUUCUAUGUUUGGAUUGGGAGCAGUACUGAGCCAAGUCGGAGCAGAUGGCGGCGAGCAACCCGAGGCUUAUCUAAGCCGGAAACUUUUGCCCAGGGAAGUAGAUACACUGCCAUUGAAAAGGAGUGCCUGGCGGUGGUGUGGUCCCUCAAAAAGCUGCAACCUUACUUGAAUGGACAACCGUUUACCUUACUCACAGAUCACAACAAAUUUGGGGCACUGCGCGUGCAAUCUAAUGUGCCACCAGAUAGGAGUGGUGUGUUAAGUAGUACUAUUCUUAUCUGUUUAAUCCCUGUUACGUCCCCUAUCCGUUGAUGUGGAGCAAGACGCAGCAGCAGAAGAGGAGGUUAUGGAAGAGGAUGGAGUAGGAGGAGUAGAGGAGGUGGCAGCAGGCCUCCCUGCAAGUCAUGGCGGUGUCACCAACUCCUCUGCAGAGCCACGCAUUCCAUGCUUGGCAGCCGUCAGCAGGUUUGCCCAAUGCGCAGUGUAGGUGAUAUACCUGCCCUGACCAUGCUUUGCAGACCAGGUAUCAGUGGUCAGAUGGACCCUUGCCUCAACACUGUGUUCCAGACAUACCAUUAUUUCCUUUUGCACAAUCAAGUACAGGUUGGGGAUUGCCUUUUGUGAAAAGAAAUUUCGUCCGGGUACCAGUGAGUGAGUGGUGGCACUGGGCACAGUAUCCACUGUGAGCCUGACACACCCGCUGGCAGACAACUAACUGCUAUUCAAUCUAUAACAGUGAAAAAAGUUUUUUGUUUUUAAAUGCAAGGCCUGACACCCGCUUUAAGGACACUGACUGCUAUUAGCUUACACUGAAAAAAAAAACUUUUUUUCUUUGUAAAAGCACGCUAUAGAGACACCAGAUAUGAGUGGCAAAGUACACGGGCAAAGGUCUGCAGAGCACACGCUGAAGGAGGCCUGACACCCGCUUUAAGGACACUGACUGCUAUUAGCUUACACUGAAAAACUCUUUUUCUUUGUAAAAGCACGCUAUAGAGACACCAGAUAUGAGUGGCAAAGUACACGGGCAGAGGUCUGCAGAGCACACGCUGAAGGAGGCCUGACACCCAGGCGCUUGCAGACAACUAACUGCUAUUCAAUCUAUUACAGUGAAAAAAAAAUUUUUUCUUUUUAAAUGUCAAGCUUAAGCUAUUGUGACACCAGAUAUGAGUCGUGGCACUGGGCAAAUGGGCACAGUAUCCACUGUGAGCCUGACACACCCGCUUUAAGGACACUGGCUGCUAUUCAAUCUAUAACAGUGAAAAAAGUUUUUUGUUUUUAAAUGCAAGCUAUUGUGACACCAGUGAGUGAGUGUUGGCACUGGGCACAGUAUCCACUGUGAGCCUGACACACCCGCUUUAAGACACUGACUGCUAUUCAAUCUAUAACAGUGAAAAAAGUUUUUUGUUUUUAAAUGCAAGCUAUUGUGACACCAGUGAGUGAGUGGUGGCACUCAGCACAGUAUCCACUGUGAGCCUGACACACCCGCUUUGAGACAACUAACUGCUAUUCAAUCUAUAACAGUGAAAAAAGUUUUUUGUUUUUAAAUGCAAGCUAUUGUGACACCAGAUAUGAGUGGUGGCACUGAGGGCAAAUGGGCACAGUAUCCACUGUGAGCCUGACACAGAAGCUGGCAGCAGUGGCAGACAACUAACUGCUAUUCAAUCUAUAACAGUGAAAAAGUUUUUGUUUUAAAUGCAAGCUAUUGUGACACCAGAUAUGAGUGGUGGCACUGACUGGGCAAAUGGGCACAGUAUCCACUGUGAGCCUGGACACAGAAGCUGGCAGCAGUGGCAGACAACCAACUGCAAAUUACAUUACAAAAAAAAAAAAAAAAGCAGACUGAUGUUCUAGCCCUAAAAGGGCUUUUUUGGGUGCUGUCCUUACAGCAGAGAUCAGAUGAGUCCUUCAGGACUGUAGUGGACACUGUAUACCCUAACCUAGCUAUGCAUUUCCCUAUCUAAUCAACAGCAGCUACACUUUCCCUCCUCUCACUAAGCAUGCAGCUUGAGAAUGAAUCUAAAAUGGAUGCUGUCCAGUAGGUGGGAGGGUCGGCUAGGGAGGGUGUGCUGCUAAUUGGCUGGAAUGUGUCUGCUGACUGUGAGGUACAGGGUCAAAGUUUACUCAAUGAUGACGAAUAGGGGGCGGAUCGAACCGCGCAUGUGUUCGCCAUCCGCGGCGGACGCGAACACGCUAUGUACCGUUCGGUGCAUCACUACAAUUAUAUUUUCUGUACUGCUUUUAUUGUUGCAAUUUACAAGUUCUUGCCACACUUUUUCUUGUUACAUAGCAUAACCUCUUGUUUUGAUCCUUUUCUUUUUGUUAUUCCGCUGAAAACCUCAAUAAACUAUAUGAGAAAAAAUAAUUACCCGAUAGGAUUUUUUUUUUUUACUUUAAAAUAUAUGUUUAUGGAAUGGCAAUGAUAUAUGUUAGUGCAGUUUGAAGGUCAAAAUUGCAGCAGAGUUCAAAAAAUGUGUAAUAGUUCACUGAUUGGGGGAGUGUCAGAUAAACAGGCAUUUAUUGUGGGAAGAUAUGACUUUCCAGAUAUUACUUCAUGCAUCUCUAUAAAGCUAUUUGCCUAAGGUCAUUUUACAGGCUAUGGGGAAACAUUAUACAUUAUAUAAAUUAUAAGGUUCAAUCAAGGGUGAUCAUAAUACCUUUUUCUGUUAUUCAUAGACAGGAUUGCUUAAUAACUCAAGAGUCUUAUGGGGUUAUUCACUGAAAGCAUAACUGAGUUAGAUAAUUCUUAAACUUCUGCUAUUUUGGCCUUAAGUAUGUAAUUCACUUGGAUUUCUUAAUAAAUAUAACUUUAGUUUAAAAAAAAAAAGAUGAAAAACAACCUUGACCCAGAUAGUGUUAUUCGCUAAAGUGUGAAUUGUACGAAAUUGAAAGUAAAUUUCUCAUUUUAGACCAACAUAGAUGAACUCAGACUAUUUUUAAUUAAGAUUUGCAUUUCACAUUGAAGUUCGAAAAUUCACAAUUUCAUGAGUAACUGAGUGGUUAAAGGGACAAUAUAGUCACCAAAACAACUUUAGCUUAAUUAAAUAGUUUUGGUGUAUAGAUCAUGCCCCUGCAGUCUCAAUGCUCAAUUGUCUGCCAUUUAGGAGUUAAAUCACUUUGUUUAUGAACCCUAGUCACAACUUCCUGCAUGUGACUUGCACAGCCUUUCUUAACACUUCCUGUAAAGAGUCAUCUAAUGUUUAUCCUUCCUUUAUUGCAAGGUCUAUUUAAUUUAGAUUUUCUUAUCCCCUGCUAUAUUAAUAGCUUGCUAGACCCUGCAAGAGUCUCCUGUAUGUGAUCAAAGUUCAAUUUACAGAGCAAAAUAUAAAAUUGUUUAAGGUAAAUUACAUCUGAUUGAAAGUGAAACCAGUUUUUUUUCAUGCAGGCUGUGUCAAUCAGAGCCAGUGGGAUUGUGGCAAGGGCUGCAUAAACAGAAAAAAACGUGAUUUAACUCUUAAAUGACAGUGAAUUCAGCAAUAAAACCCGAGAGGCAUGAUCUAAACACUAAAACUGCUUUAUUAAGCUAAAGUUGUUUAGGUGACUAUAGUGUUUCUUUAACAUUAUGUAUCAAUAAGCAAAAUAAAUUAAGCAUACCCUACUGAAAACAUCACUGGAAAGUUGUUUCCUUUGCUUUGUUUAAGGCAGGAAUCCCACAUCGACCUAUAAGUCCAAGAAAUCUUUCAAUGGAAUAAAUAUCCACAGAAUCAUGGAAGUUGUAGUUCAGCAACAUUUAGGGGGUGGAGUUUGAAAUGCUUGCUUCAAAGGGCACCAACACAACCUAAGUGCACUUGAUAGAUUUUUGCCUCAUAUUCAUGCUGUAUUUUUCUCUUUGUUCAAAUAUAUUUAGUUCUGCUUAAAAGGACAAAAUUGUACCUGUCCCUGCAGUCAUGACAUAUCAAAUAUUACCAUUUCAAAGAAGCCCCCGUGUUUACAUUUGGCCAUAAGUAGCCUAUAAGAACUAUCAGAUUGAUAGCACUAGAGACGGUUCCUCACUAAAGACCUUUGAGUGUAGUGAUUUUGUAUUUACUAUCAACUAUGGUCAGUCACGUACUGUCCAUCCAAAAAAAACAGGCAAAUGUCUGGUGGGCCACAAUGGUCAUGGGCUGAGAUGGACAGGGGAGAUAAAGGAUCUCCCCUGCCAGUUCCCCUUCCAGUUCAUGCAGGCUUGAAACUAAGAGUGUUGGCCAAGAGAGAGAGCUGUAAAAUGUCCUGGAUAGAGAGGAGAUCAAAGAUCACCAUCAACUGCAAGCCCAGACAUAGGAGCCCAGUGAAAAUGUGGUCUGCACCUCCAGCUGGUGCAGACCACAUUAAUAGCUCCUGCAAGUGUAUGAGAGCAUAGCUGUUGGUUACCAUGGCAAGGCUCUGAUACUUUAGGUUGUUCCAGACCAGGGGGAGCAGCAUUGUCUGCGUAUUCCAGGGUUACGGGCCAAACGAUUGGAUCAGUAGACUGGUCAAGUGAUUGGACUUUUCUCUUUUCCCUAGCCUAAGUUACCUAAGUUAGCCUAAGGAAAAUAUUUCCAGCAUUAAGAAGGGGAAAUUAAUUUUCUUUUUUAGAUUUUAUAUAUAUUUUUUUAACAACACCCCUAUCAUCCCACACACUCGGUGCAUCCCCUAUCAACCUCUCUUACUCAGUAAAACCCCCAUCUUCCCUCACACACUAAAGCCCCUAUCUCCCCAUACAACAACCCCUAUACCUCCUACACUAUAGCUGCUCUCCCCAAUGCACACACUUCCCCCAACAAUACAGCCCCUAUCCCAAACACACACUAUCUUCCUUGCACACAUACUAAAGACUCUAUAUUCCCCUAUCCCAAACACACACUAUCUUCCUUGCACACAUACUAAAGACUCUAUAUUCCCCACAAACAGUAGAGUUCCUAUCAUACACACACGCACACACAUAACACGGCCCUGAUAGCCUACAGAUGCAUGUUACAGCCUCUUCCCCUCCACACACAUUACAACCUUUAUUGCACACUACACAUUAGACAGCCUUCCUACACAUACACAUAACAUCACAAGAAGCUUCUCACACACACGCAGCCCUACAAGUAGCCUCCAAACCCCAUAAAGCGCCACAGGCAGCUUCCACACAUUGCACACACAACACCCUCUCAUAUCCCCUUUUUCCCCUUGUGUCUCAAUUAUGGACAACUCACCAGCAAACAGAAAGCAAACAUCUUUAUAACGUAAAGGAAAGUAUUAGGCACUCGCUAUAGUAUUAAACCUAGGAUGAUUGUGGGCAGCAGUAACCAAUACAAGGAUUCCCAAGCCUUGUGAGUGUUAGAAUAUUCACAAGGCUGAAGAAGAAGCCUUUAACAGGGGAAAUUCGUAACGUGGGACCCUCUGAAGAUAUUUGAUAUUGUUUAUAAAUAUAAAUAAAUGGUAAAUUUUUAUAUUUACAAAUGUAUUUUUUAACCUUCAUUUUAUUCACUUCCUGGCACCACAUACACACUGCAUCACCUACACAAACUGGUAUCCCUAAACACUACAUUCCAUAAGCACACACUUUAGAUCCUCUACAGUAACACAUAACACAUCCCCUACACACUCCACUCCCUAUGAGCGAACUCAUGGGUGGAACAUGUAGGUGGACUUUAUGGGCACUUUAUGGCACUUUAUGGGCAUACUCACUGUCAGGCCCUGGGGCCCAGACCUUGAGCUAUGUAAGAGGCCCCAAAAAAAUGGAGCUGCUUCCCGUUCUCCCAGAACAUUGAAUUUUGUGACCACAGUUCCAGAGAUCCUGUUCUACACCAGACGAGUGGAGCAAGACUGCAGCCAGAGCCCAUCACCAUCCUUAUCUGAUUGUAAGUAGGCAAUCUAGUAUAUUAUUAGUGACACUAAUCUCUAAUUUACCUCACAUUAAACGGACACUAUAGUCCCCAGAACCACUGCAGCUUAAUAAAGUUGUUCUGGUGUCUAUAGCCAGUCCCUGCAGGCUUUUUAAUGUAAACACACACUGUGUGCAGCACUGGCAUUAGUUCAUAUGGCAGAUCAUAUGGGUGGGGCAUGCAUGUCCAUAAAUCAUUAUUUUGCCUAGGGCGGCAAAAAUCCUUGCACCGGCCCUGAUAACCUGCAUACUGCACCUUAUCUGAGAUACCAGAGACAUCUAUAUCUACAUACAUCCUUAUCCAUUAGCUCUAGCAAAUGUGAGUGAUACUGCAUAAAAUAAUUAUAAUAUUCCCCCACUGGACAUACCAUACCAUAUUGCACUGUUGUAUUUCCUUUGUCUUUUUAUUUUUGAGGUCAACUGUGUGUACAACUUUAAAAAGAUUUGUGUACGUAUAUACCUAUUAUUUAUACUGUUUGGGGCGCGGUCUCCUCCUACUUUUUUCUAAGCAUCUUUAUAAAUUGGUAAACAAACACAGGGCAUUUUUCCCCAUGCAGGACCUUUUCAUCCAGGCUCUCUGCAUGGGCUACCAUUAGUGUGGGUUCCAUUAAUAAUGACAAGUGUGAAGUGGAUCAGGAGCAAACCAGAAAGCACUGUAUCAUGACAGAAAAACAUCAUUAUCAUAGUACGAUUUCCCAUUAUAACAUAUUUCUGUAGUGAGGCGCCAUCUACUGGCAAUUUACUCGUUUUGAAGUACUUCCUAGGUUUUCACUAGUUCCCACUGCAGGCAGAAUGCAUACUCAGUUAUGUUUAACGAACUAUUAUUGGGAUAGUCUAGGUCUUUAUUAUUUUUGGUCUGAAUGGUCUUCUACAGGUUAUGUUAGUUGAAAUAUACUUGUACUUUUAGACUCACAAUAAAGCUUACAUUUUAAGCAUUUUGUCUACAUCCAUUUUCUGCGCUUCUCAUUAUUGAUGACUCAACAUGCCCCUCUCUGGCCUGUCUAAGAAAAGUCAUAUACUGUUUGACUACUCCGAAAAAUGUGUCCUAAACCCCAAAAAUAUACAUGAAAGUAUCAAUAGUAGGAAGGCUCUAUAAAAAUACUAAAUUAACUAAAUAUACAGCCCGAUAUAACACUAUGGUGAUAGUGACUAGAAAAAAUCGAAAGGGAAUAAAAUACACAAAGAUAGUGUAAUACAAUCAAAUAUAAAGUGAGAGGGGGGAGAGGGAGGUAGACACUCACACUCACAAAAUGCUUGUAAAAAGCACGCACAUCUCCCCAUAGGGGUACAGCCAGACUUGGACCUCUUGUUCCAACUUUUGUCUUAAGGUAUAAGACUUUCUGCCAAUAAGGAGGGCAAUGAUAGUAAUAGACAUGUGAGCUUAAAAUGAACACUAUAGAGUCAGAAAUACAAACAUAGUGUUAAAAAUACCAUCUAGCCCUCCUUGCCUACCUAAAAAUAGUUAAAUCUUACUUGUAUUCAAGUCUGCAGGUGCAGGUGCUGCCUCUGCCCCUGAUCUGCCUGCUUGGCUGACAUCAUCAGAAGUGAUUCUCUGAGCCAAUCGCAUUGCUUUCACAUUGGAUUGGCUGUGCUUGUCAAGGAGGCAGAUCAGGGGCAGAGCCAGCACAAGCCAAAUAAAGCCCUGACCAAUCAUGCAUCUCUGUUAAGAAAAUUCAGUAUCUCCAUGAAGAGGGAGGAUGUGCAGCACUGCCCCAGGAAGCACCUCUAGUAGCUAUCUGAGGAGUGACCAGUGGAGUUAUCACUAGGCUGUAAUGUAAACACUACAUUUUCUCUGAAAAGACAGUGUUUACUACAAAAAAUCCUGAAGGAAAUUAUUCUACUCACAAGAACAAAUACAAUAAGCUGUAGUUAUUCUGGUGACUAUAGUGUCCCUUUAACAUCAAUGUUUUCCAUAUCACGAAAUGGGAAAUUCUGAGAGUUUGAAAACCAGUUUACUUCCCUUUUCAACAUCCAGCCUUGGAAACAAAUCAUGUGUAUGUGUUAAACAUCAGCAUUAAAAAAUAUGUCUCACACCUUGGAAUAAAAAUCUCCAGUAAAGAGUCACCAUAUGCAGAUAUAGACAAGAUGUAUACAUACAUAUAUGUAACCCCUCUGGAACACAGUGAACUGGCAGUUGGAGUUCAGAGAAGGAUGGAGAAGGAAGUUUUGGGAGUGAGAGCUGCUGGUUCCCGUGUGAAGCCCCACUGGAAGGAGGAUUUCAGCAGGCAUCUACAUCAUGACUUAAGUACAGUGCAGUUUCUUUGGCAGAUACUUGCUAGGGAAGGAGAGAGAAAAUCCCAGAAUCAACAAGAAGCAGUGUUUCCCCUUCUGUCUGGCCCUGAUUACAUUCGGUGUGGUAAUCCUGCAUACUCUCCCCCUGUACGCAGCAGCAGUGCUAUCUUAACAACAUUAUGGGCCCUGGGUAAACCAGUGCACUGGGGCCUUGCCUACACAACCAGUCACAGGAAUAAAAAUUUAAAUUAUCGAUAAAACUCUGCUUAUAUUUAUUGGUACCUCCAACAAAUGCAAUACAUUCAUACAUUACAAACACACAGACUGCUGUAUACACACACACAGGCUGCUGAAUACAUACACACAGACUACUAAAUACACACACAGACUGCUGAGUACACACACACAGACUUCUAAAUGCAUAAACAGACUGCGUAAUACACACACACAGAGACUGCUGAAUACAUACACACAGACUACUAAAUACACACACAGACUGCUGAGUACACACACACAGACUUCUAAAUGCAUAAACAGACUGCGUAAUACACACACACAGAGAGACUGCUGAAUACAUACAUACAGACUGCUGAAUACAUACACAUACUUCUGAACAUACACACACAGACUGCUGAAUACACACAGGCAGACAGCAGUGAGGUCGGGGGUGUGAGGGGUGCUGUGUGUGUGUGAGUGGUGCUAUGUGUGUGUGUGUGUGUGUGUGAGAGAGGGGUGCUGUGUGUGAGGAGUGCUGUGUGUGUGUGAGAGAGUUGCUGUGUGUGUGUGAGGGGUGCUUUGUGUGUGUGUGUGUGUGUGUGUGUGUGAGGGGUGCUGUGUGUGAAUGUGAGGGGUGCAGUGUGUGAAGGGUUCUCUAUGUGUGUGGGGGAAGGGAGUGCAUAGGGAAAAUAGAUUUGUUGUUUCUUAUUUUUAUUUAAAAUUCAUUUAAAUUUAAAAAAAGCUUUAUGUCCCCCCUUAGUGCCUCCACCCUUCUUCUUACCUUUGGUUGAAGUGGGGACACUGCCACCCCUAGUGGUCCGGUGGUAAGUAAUGAUCUUCAGCUUCUCUGGCUGCAGGCUAUCUUCACUCCUCCCGUGAGCAGAAUGCUGUGUCAGACCAGCAAGCUCACGGGAGGAAUUGCUUCCCAGGUCCUCUCUCCCUCUCUCUAAUGAAGGACCUUUGGGCUGGUGAGGGAGAUCUUUGAGAGCCCAAACCAAGUGAGCAGGGCCAGCUCUCCGUGGGCUGGCAGGGGAGAUCAAAGGAUCUCCCCUGUGGGCCAGGUACAUGGGAAAUGCUGUGGGGCCCCCAUGCUUGUGGGUUCCCUGGCAACUGCCCAGCGUGCCCAUGCGGAAAGAUGGCCCUGCACAGUUUAGAGACUGGACCCCUCUACAGUUUUCCAGACCCAUCAGGUGAAUUACAAACAGCUUACUGGGCCCCAACUACGUGCACCGACCGCUAGGGUGAAGGCCUAAGGAAACGGUGGGGGGGGGGGACGCAGUGUUACUGUGGGUGGGCAUAUAUGUGAGGUACUCCAUUAUAACAAUGUUUUAAUUGUAUUGUAUUCUAUUGGUGUCAAAUGUUGCUGUACAAUACAGAAUUCUUUAGACAGAUAACCCAGUGUCAGUUGUUGUCGAUAUAACCAUGUUCUCAGCGGGACCCCACAUCCACAAUCUGGAUGCCCAGCUGGGUGGAGGAACUGCCGUAAGUGGGUACCCAAUCCCCCAUUGGAGGAGGCUCAGGAUCGGCCUACCGAGUGCAAAGAGGUAACUGAAGUGAGGGACCCCAUGGUUAUAAAUAUGGGUAUGCCAAAAAACCCGUUACAUAUAUAAUAUAUGUAUCAGAUUGGAGUCAAUUCACUAAAGCAAGAAUUUGUCAUAGUAACUGUACAUUUUAGACCAAAGUAGCCAAUCUGGAGAAUAUUUUCCUACAUUGUGCAGUUCCUUGUUUCAGUUUAGUGAUAACGCUUUCAGUUGAUUUGAAGCUUUUAUUUUGUUUUACUAAAAACUUCACUAUGUCUGUCACUUUAAAUUGUGAAUUAUUCAAACACAGAUGAGUUGCAUAAUAUUGAGCAGUAAAUAAUUUGUUAGGAACACAGAAAACUUCUGCCAAAAAAGGAGGAUCUGUUCCUGUAUGGAGAGAUUAUUAACAGACAUACUUUUGUUUGGAUAAGAAAAACUUAUUAACUAGUAACUGUUCUUCGCUUCCAGACAGCAACAUGUCGGAAUUCACCAAGGCGUUUGACUAUGAAAAAGAGUUUAAUGCACGACUCUACUUAGACACCUAUUUUCAUCUAGGAUCUGGAAGUUUAGCUGAUGAUUUCUUGAGAUUUGAACUUGCCAAUUUGCACAAGAUAUUUACUUCAGGUACGUGGAUAUCUCAAUAGUCGGGGUUAUUCACAGGUUGGUCAGGAAUCCGAGUGAAUGGAAAGUUUUGAAUUUUAAAUUAAAAUUGUACUUUGGAAUGUCCUUUCAUUUUGCUUGUGCAGAUCUGUAGAGUGGUACAUAUUUUGAACCAAAACAAAACCUGGAAUUUUAGCUAUUUGUUUGUUCAACCAUAAUUUCCAUCUUUUAUGUAAAGUGCACCCACACUUAUAUUAUAACAUUUUGUUGAGGAGAAAUAGGGUUUUCAUUUCACAUCAAAUAUUUAUAUAUGGAACACAAUUUAAUAUGAAUAAAAUGUAAAAAUAAAAAAAAGUGUUGGCUAGGAAGAAAUGUUAUUUUUCAAGUUCUGAAAGGCAUUUUAAAACACAUUUUUAGGCUUUGAUGUCCCAUGACUCUGAUUAUGCUCCCCCAUGUUUAGGUUUCAUAGAGUAUUUGAAAGUCACAGGGUCAAAAUUUUUUAACUAUCUGUUAUCUUUCUGUAAAUCACACAUUUGUGACUUUACAUAGUAUUCUAAUCUUAUUCUCCUCCUUCCUAUGCCCUCUAUUCAAUUUAUCUUCCCUCUUCUACUCUGUUUUCAUGUAACGACUCGACUUUAGAAUUAGCAGGAAGGACAGACAGAGAGACAGACAGACAGACAGAGAGAUAGACAGACAGACAGACAGACAGACAGAUUGAUAGAAAGAUAGAUAGAUAAACAACUUUAGCUCACAUUCCUAUUUGCACAGUUGACAGAUUUAAUUCCAAAAGAGAAUAGGCUUGGAAGAAAGGAUUACAGCAUAAAUAUGUGGCAUAAUGGACCAUAAGAAAUGUUUAUAGCAUUCCCUAUAAAACAUUUCAUAAAGACUACGCUGGACAAAAAGAAAAUUACUUCUAUGUUGUGCUCGCUAGGGGCAACAAUGAUAUUUUGGGAUAAUGCCAUCAAAGUCUUUUUGUUGACAUAGUAAACCACAAGACAAAACCUCCAAGAUGGCUUUAUUUUACAUGUUUUAUUUCUAGUGAGGUCUGGGCUGGUUUUAGGGUUAUGUUUCUAUUAAUCUCAGAGCAGGCAAGGAGCCGGGGUGAGAGGAUUGCACUGGCAUGUUUCCUAAGCUCCUCUCCCGGCAUAUCAGUUUUGCGCAAAGAACUAAAUUAAUGUUGGCUGCUACAAAGAGCCCCAGUAAUCUCAGAAAAACUUGUACUUAGAUGUCCUGGUGUUGCUAUGAAAUUAAAGACCUAUGAUUAAGGACUGUCUUGUGUAAAACGCAUAAGAAGCUUCUUGUUUUUCAUCCCUGUGCUGUUUACUAUGGAGCAAAAAAAAUGUAUUCUUCGAUCUCCUGGUGAGUUCUUGUUUGGUAAGGAGUUUUACUUACCCAUGAAAUCUAGGCCCUUGCAUUGCACAAUGCCAGUUACAGCCUGCUUUACAUUUCCUAAUGCUUGGUGUGACUGUUCAUUAUUAGAUUUGGAAACAUGAUUUUCCUGCUGCUGUACAGUUAUUUUAUGAAUUGGGUUAACAUCAGGUAUGUGCUACAUGUACACACACACAUUUGUGCCAAUCAAAACUCAGCCCUAUGCACAAAGUGUCAAAGUUAGAUAAUUAGCCUUUUAUUAACCAUUGAUUGCAAUUUUUUUAUUGGUAGGGGGUGUGACAGGGAAAACUCUCAUAGACAUCGGGACAUGUCCAUCCAUUUACCAUCUUCUUUCUGCUUGCGAAUCGUUUAAUGAGAUUAUAGCUACAUGGUACACUCAAACCGAACUGCAUGAGCUGCAAAUGUGGAUGAAUAAGGAUCAAGGAGCAUUUGAUUGGUCAUCGGUUGUAAAACACGUGUGUGAACUGGAGGGUAAAAGGUAGGUAAAAAAAUAUGGCAUGCAACAAAUUAUAUUUUUUUGAGUCAUAUUUAUAACCUCUGUACCCCAAAUUACAAAGAUUGAAGAUGUGUUCAUACUCCUUAAUGAUUAAUCUAAAGCCUUAAUGGUUCACUUUAAGCAACAUAACCACUACAGUUUGUCAGUGGCCCAGUUAUAGUGCAAGGAAUCUUUGGGUACCAUCCCCCAUGUUUUGUUAACACUCUCGGAAAAAUUAGAAAGCACCAAAAAUGUGUCCCGUUGCCUGUCCAUCACCUUGCCUGCCAAUAAUACAGAGAUUCAAAUGUAGAUUAAAAGAAUAAUCUGAAAUAGGUUUAGAACAAGAACUAAAAGGCACACUUGUAAAAAUUGCCCCCAAAUAGCAAUCUGUCAGUACUCUACAAGAUUAGGCAGGGUUUGAAUUGGUAUGGAAUUAUAGCCUUGUUUAAAUAUUUUUGAAUACACUUUUCCUAUGACUUAAUAUUUUUGGAUAAACUUGUUAAAGGAACAAAACUGUAUUCCUAAUACUACAGUGUACAUCUGCCCCUGCCCCCCUCUCCCGUGGCAAGAAACCCAUUCCAGCGCUAAGGUUCCUGCACUGAAGUCCCUUUGCCCUGCACUGUCUCCGCCUCGUCCUACUUCAUAAUUACAAGGUGCGCCAUGUGCAACAAGCACCAGACACGCAUUAGGCCUUUCCUUGGAAAUUUUGUAGGAAGGCACGAUGCUGGGUGGUCGUGGAGACAGGUGGCUAGCUGCGCGAAUAGUAGGAGGGGCGGUGAGGGAGCUGUGAUGUCUCUGCUCUGCUCCCCCGCACGCUGCUUGAUGAGACCGGGGCCGGAUAUGACAUCAUAUUACGGCCCAGGUCUCACUAAGAGGCGCGCUGGGAGCAGAGCAGGACAUCUCAGUUCUCUCGCCGCAAGCAACAAUACAUGCUGCACGCUUUCCUCCAUAAUCCCCCAGCAUGCCGCCUGCCUGCACAAUCCCCCAGCCUGUCGCCCACUGAACCCCACAGGUAUUAAAACAAGCAAUAAUGUGUGAAUGUGUAUGUGUCAGGAUUACUGUUUGAUCCAGCACGUAGAACUGUACAGCUCGGAUGACAAAUAAGUAACGUAUUACCGGUCCUUAGAAUGGCCGGAUUUAACGUACAAAGAAUAGUCAAAAAUACUAGCCGAGGUCAGGGAACACAGAAAGGGACACAGCGAUGAGGAAAGCCAGGAGUCAGGAUACCAGAAUAUAGAGAAGUCAAUAAACAAAGCCAAAGUCAAAAACCAGGUAGAAAACUAUAAACAGGAACGCGCUCUCAGACAACCACAAGGGAAACCACGACAGGGCACUGAGCAGGCUGAGAACUGGGCCUAAAUACCCCUCCUUUCUUUCUGAUAGGCUGUAACCGGCCUUUGACCCCAAAGUCAGUUACCAGGUUUCAUUUGCAUAAUUGCUGCUCAGCUUUAACCCUUCUGUGGAUUAGGUUGCUGCUCGGCACAACUUUUCCUGUGUGGACAGUAAAUGUCAUUAACCACUUUUCUAUAAGCGGAUGAAUACAUGAGACCAGGUUUCAUUUGCACAAUUACUGCUCAGCAUUAACCCUUCUGUGGAUUAGGUUUCUGCGCGGCACAACUUUUCCUGUGUGGACAGUAAAUGUCAUUAACCACAUUUCUAUAAGCGGAUGAAUACGUGACAGUAUGCCUGUCAGUGUAAGUGUCUGUCUGUCAUAGUGUGAGUGUUUGGGUAUGUCUGUCUUGGUGUGUGUGUAUGUAUAUGGGUGUGUGUGUGUGUCUGUCUGUCAUGAUGUGUGUGUAUCUGUCGUGUGUGUAUCUGUCUGUCAUGGUGUGUCUGUCUGUCAUGGUAUGCGUGUGUGUGUUUCUGUCUGUCAUGGUAUGUGUGUGUGUUUCUGUCUGUCAUGGUGUGUAUCUGUCUGUAUCAUGGUAUAUGUGUGUCUGUCUGUUAUGGUGUGUGUGCAUGUCUGUUUGUCAUGGUUAUAUGUGUGUGUCUGCCAUGAUGUGUGUAUGUGUCAUGAUAUGUGUGUUUAGGUGCCAGACCCUUUAUGUUCACAAGGGAAUGGUGUUUUUUUUUUAUUCACCUUUUUUUCCAUGCUGGUCUCCCCUCGACUGGCCCUACUUCUAUGGCUGAGAUUAUCAAGCUUGUUGAUCUCAGCCAAUCCAAUGUUUUCCCACAGGAUUUGCUGCAAAACGCUGACACAGGAAGCACCUCUAAUGACCGUCUGAGUGACAGUCACUAGAGGUGUCACUAGGAAGCAAUGUAUAACUACCUUUUCUCUGAAAAGGCAGUGUUUACAUUGAAAAGUCUGCAGGGACGGGGUAUAGACACCAGAAUCACUACAUUAAGCUGUAGUGGUCCUGGUGACUAUAGUGUCCCUUUAAGAAUUUAAUUUUUGUCGUUGAAUAUAAAGCUUUGUAAGUUUAAAAAAAAUCUGUCUCUUACCCUUUUUAGCUGGCUUCUAGAUUCAAAGCAAAUGUGUCAAGCCCUGAUAUAAAAACUAUAUCAGUAUAUCAAAAUAUGAAUAUAUUUUUCAAAAAUUUAUAUCAUUUUAAAAGUUUCUUUAAAAAUAUGAAAUCAUGUUAAAAGCUUAUCUAACAUUUUAACAUUGAGGCCUAAAUCAGGGUUGGGUUGAUAUCAGAACUGUUUUUUUUUAUAUAUAUAUAUAUAAGUUUUCAAUGUUAUGCUUUUAAUUAAAAAUAAUAAUAAUCACAUGUUCUUGCAGUGGGAAAUGUCAAGAAAAAGAAGACAAGCUAAGAGGAAAAAUCAAGCAGGUUUUGCAUUGUGAUGUCAGUAAAAAUAAUCCUCUAGAACCUGUUGUGUUGCCCAAAGCUGAUUGCCUUAUUGCUGCUGUUUGUCUAGAAGCUGCAUGUAGGAACCAAAAUUCUUACAUUACAGCUUUGAAGAACCUCUCAAACCUCCUAAAACCCGAGGGCCACCUUAUCCUUGCUGGAGACCUAGGAGCAAACUACUAUGAGGUGGGUCCCAACAAGAUAUUUUCUCUGGCUGUGAGUGAGCAGUCCCUGAGGAACGCGCUUAGUGAAAGUGGCUAUGCUAUCCGAGAGUUGGUGUCUUUUGGGAAACCAGAAGGUGCCGAUUUUGACAAUUCAGAUUAUGAGGGUUUUUAUUUUAUUCAUGCUCAAAAACCCUAA